CCAGGUCAUCGUUCAUCCUCAGUCGUUCUUCUUAGUUCAACUGAACUGGUUUUGUUCCUGAAAAUGUUCCUUCAUCAGUUCUAUUUUCUAGGGGGGGGGGGCGUAAACCUUUUUCCAUAUGUUAAUGAGCCUCAGUUUCAGGGUCAGGGGGUCCUAGUCCUUUGGGGGGUCGGUCUCAGGUGAGUAGUCUGUGACCAGUAGACUCUGUUCAGAGAAGGUUUUUCCUUUUUGCUCCAAAUGCAGACGGACUGCAGAGGUUGUCCUGAGGUGCAGGUUUGUGUUGGAUGGUUCAGUGUUCAGACCCUCAGACCCACCUCACUGUCUUUUCUCUUCAGUUCUGAUGUCACUGCUGAGCUGCACAAACACAGCGUCUCUGAAGGUGAGUCCAAACUGGUCCCAGUUCUUUGAAGGACAGUUAGUGUCUCUGAGCUGUGAGGACGAAGGACCUGGAUGGACUCUGAGAAGAAAUACAUCUAGAGGAACCAGGAGACACUGUGGAACAGAAUGGGGUAGAGGGAAUGGGUCCUCAUGUAGGAUCCGUACGCUCUUCUCCUGGGACAGUGGUGUGUACUGGUGUGAGUCCUCAGAGGGACAGACCAGGACCAGCAUCAGCCUCAGUGUGACAGGUGGACCGCUGGUCCUGCACAGUCCUGUCCUCCCUGUGAUGGAGGGACAGGAAGUGUCUCUACACUGUCGGACACGCCCUCCCUCCAACCGCUCAGCUGACUUCUAUAAAGAUGGAGUCUUCGUCGGCGUUGGGCCUGCAGGUCACAUGACCAUCCCCCAGGUGUCACUGGCUCAUCAAGGCGUCUACAGGUGUGACAUCACAGGAGUUGGACAGUCUCCGCCCAGCUGGAUGUCCGUCUCAGGGAAAUCUACCACCACAACACCUUCUGUUCCACCUUCUGUUCCACCUUCUGUUCCACCUUCUGUUCCACCUUCUCCUGGUUCUCUGGCUCUGAUGGUUCCUGUUGGAUGUACCUGUGCUCUGGUUUUCCUCAUCGUACUGGUUUUACUGGUGAUACGAUGCAAACGAAGGAGAACUGCAGGUGCAGAGGUGGACUCCACACACCCAGACGUCACCUACGCUGACAUCACCGUCACAGGUCCCCGACAGCCAAUCAGACGCAGCAGAGAGGCGUGUCCUCCUUCAGAGUACUCAGAGGUGCGGAGGUCAGAGGUCACGUAUGGACAGAUGGUCUUCAGAACUCCUCAGACCAGAGAGGCGUGUCCUCCUUCAGAGUACUCAGAGGUGCGGAGGUCAGAGGUCACGUAUGGACAGAUGGUCUUCAGAACUCCUCAGACCAGAGGUAAGGCUGACCAUGUUUACAUCACAUGA